UUGACACCUUCGAAUGACAUUAGAAAUAUUUCAAUAUAAGCACCAUUGUCGAAGAAUUAGAAGAUUUUCGUAAAAGUGAGCAUAAAAAAGUUUAAAAACAUCUCUCAUCGUGACAGGCAUCUCUCAAUUAGCCGUCAAGUGUGUAAGUAAAAGGGUCGUAAGAUUGAUCGAAUUUGGUUUUUGAUAAUUCUGUGACUAUAGAUCAAUCAUUUUUAAGAUCAAUUAAAGUUGCACUUGUCACACAAGUAAACAGUUUUUAUCGUAGAAGUAACUUUUAUGUGAUGUGUUACGUGCAAAAGUGUUUAUUUCUGUUACCAUGUUAUUGGUAUUUUACAAAUUUUAGUACUAGAACUAUCAACAAGUAAUGUACGACUGAAUGUGCUAUAUAAUACAUAAUUGUAAGAGAAGCGACAAAAUGAUGGUAUAAAUAAGUACUUAGAGGGAAGUCGGUGCAAUUGUAUCUUAUUUUUCGAAGAAUGGUGAGAAAAAUGACGGAUCGCAAAGUGUUGUUUGCAUGUUUGGUGUUAAUUACUCUCCUGCAUCCAUUAGUUCACAUGGUGUCUGGCGAAGAAUGUACAACACCGAACAAUCAAACAGGCAACUGUCUCAACAUUAAAACAUGUAAUCCUCUGCAAGAAAUACUGCAGACACAGGGUCAUACAGCUACCGAUUUUUUGAGGCAAUCACUAUGCAGAUAUGAGGGUCAUGCUCCGAUCGUUUGUUGUCCAAACGAUCCAAACAAGGAGAAGAGAGGGAUUUUAAUAGAAACUGUGUAUAAGUACGUGCCCUUGCGUCCACCAUAUUGUGGUUUCAGCAACGGCGAGCAUACCAGGGUGGUUGAUGGUAAACCAGCUAAGCUUGGUGCUUGGCCGUGGAUCGCUGCAUUAGGUUUUCGUAAUCCCCAAAACCCAGAUACUGAACCAGAAUGGAAGUGCGGAGGUUCCCUGAUAUCGGCUAGGCAUGUUUUGACCGCAGCACAUUGUGCAAUACGCAGUGACUUGUACGUGGUUCGUAUCGGAGACUUAAAUCUAAAACGAGAUGACGACGGAGCGCAUCCUAUUCAAAUGCGAUUCGAAUCUAAACUAAUACAUCCUGAUUAUACUCCCAAUAUACACAAUCAUGAUAUUGCCAUUCUUAGAUUGGUGGAGGAGGUGCCAUUUUCGAAGUACAUACAUCCCAUUUGUCUCCCCAUAGAGGAGUCCCUACGAAAUAACGACUUCGUGGGCUAUAACCCCCUUGUUGCUGGAUGGGGAGCAUUAAGAUAUAGAGGACCACGAAGUGAUGUAUUAAUGGAAGUACAAGUGCCAGUGGUUAGCAACGCCGAAUGCAAGACAACUUAUUCCAAAUUUCCUAAUGCACCUAUCACUGAUGGUAUAAUAUGCGCCGGGUAUGCUCAGGGUGGAAAGGAUGCUUGUACGGGUGAUAGCGGCGGACCACUGAUGAUACGACAGCAAUUAACCUUCUACCUAAUAGGUGCUGUGUCUUAUGGUCAUGCGUGUGCUGUAGCCGGAUAUCCUGGUGUUUACACUAGGAUCACGUCGUACCUCGACAACUUCAUUCUCCCAGCCUUGCAAUAAUACGAUUAUUAUUGUUCCAUAAAUAUCAUUUUUCGUGUACGAAAGGUAAAGUUGGCUUUUCUUAUUGUGGAGAUAA